AUGAGGAUUCCUGAACACUGGGAAACAAGUGAUUUAGGAUCGGAGAUGUACAGCUGUUCUUGGAGAAAAUCAGUAGGCUGUUCCUAUGGCAGUGUAAAGAGGCGGCAUCAAGACAUUCAAGAGAAGCCUUGGAAUCCGAGGCUCUGUAAUGCCAAGCAAAGAACAGAUGGUGCUAACCAGACCUAUUUGGAUGAGGUGUGCUACGUCCUUAUCAAUCCUAGGGCCCCCAGGAAGUGGCCAUCAGGGAACUCUGCUGAAGAGGAGGUCACUGGAGAACUCUAUGAGAACAUCCCCUGCAAGGCUAACAGGCCCAGAGGGACUUUGGGAGGCACUGAGACAGAGUAUUCACUUCUCCGGGUGCCUGCCACCCCGAAGCAUUCACCUUGCCCAAAAAAUGAAUACGAAGUUCUCAUACCUAGCAGAAUGUCCUUUCCUUCCUUCCAACAGCCAGGGCCAUGUAGGGCCCCUUUUGAGACUCAAUCUUCUUGUUUACAGUGA